AUGCGUCUAAUCGAAAUCUGUGCUCUCCCCGAUGAUAAUGAUCUCUCGUUAUGGGAAGCCAGCGUCGAUACAGUAACCCAUCAAAUAUCUCUGAAAUUGGCACGAAAAGAAGGCGGACUCAUGGACAUCUUCAACCCCGUCGUCGCGUCGUUGCCUCGGAAAUCUGACGUCUUCAGGUUUUCAGCGAUUGAAUCGAAGGAUUCGUUGAAGAUUGCUCAUCAGAAUCUAUUGACGAACUUGUUGAAAAUAAUGCCGAUUUUGAUGGAAAACGGAUGGAAAAAGAGUCCGGAUUAUCAGAAAUUCGCUUUGAUUGAUUCAUUUUCGUUGAUUGGAGAGGCUGAAGAAGCGAAGGAAAUCUUCAAAAAGGCGUUGGACACAAGAACCAUUACUGAAGAUGAUAUUGAUUAUUAUUUUGUGGCUUUUGAUAAGAAAUUCAAACGUCUUCUCAACUAUGGAAAACCGCAAUUCGAACUGUCGGAUUCUGAUUCUCCAGGUCGUCCAAAAUACGUGAAUCUAUGUAUUGAAGUGCUUGUGGCAAUCGGAGCAGCGGUGAAAAAUGCUCGAAAAAUCACCGAAUUUCUGGAAAAGAACAGUCAACUGAAAGUCUCCAAAAUCUGGAUGACUCGAAUUCCGGAGAUUUUCGAAAAAGUCACCAAUUCGUAUGACUAUCCAACAAUGUUCGAUCUGGCAAUGGCACUGGAUGGAUUCCCAUUGAGAAAAGUAUUCAUGGCCCGGCGAUUUGCGCUUCAAUCAAUGAUUGAAGUGUUUGUGGAAAUGGCACCGACUACAAAGUACAAAGUUAGAGAAAGAGUCAGACAGGAAUUGGAAAAAGCAUCGAGAUUCGUCGGUUACGCUGCCGAACUGGGUCACACUGAAGUGCUCACCGAAUUCUCUCCAAAACUCAUCUCAACGUCAAUCGAAGAUUCCAGAAGACGUCUGGAAGUGGAAACAAUCGAACGUCUCCGAAAGUGUGGAUAUUUGGAAAAUUUGGGAAAUCCAUUAGACGAUCUUGUCAAAGCUCAAAUCGCAUCGAUUCGAGAGAUCUUGCCGCAUUUUUCGUCGGAAAUCGUUCAUCUCGCCCUCCGUCACUUCUCCUACGACUCGGAAGCCACUCUUGGAAGGCUUCUAUCCCGUGAGGAUCUUCCAAUUGAACUGAUCCGUUUGGAAAAUGUGGAACUAAAAUCUGGAGUCGGAUCUGGAGAAUGGCCACCAUUGGAUUUUACGGCAUCUGAUGAAAUUGAGAAAUCAGUGAGAUUAGAGAAGAAGAAGAGAGAUGAGGAGAUGAGAAAAACGCAGGAAAAGAAGCAGUCGAUGAGCCUCUUCUCACUGGCUCCAAUUCUCUCCGAUCGUCCUCCAUCGCCACCAAUCGAUCAACAAGCCGAACUUCGUGCUCGUGCUCUUGCCUACCGUACCUCGGUUCUCACGAAACUGGAAAAGCUCAAAAAUUCCUCGAGAAACGCUGAAAAUUCCAGUGAAAAAAUCGCGGUUGAUGCUGAAAAUUUGGUGCCAUUGGCCACUUCGAAAAAGUAUUCAGCACUGAAUUCGUUGAAAAUUUCUGAAGCGGAUCGAGUUGCAAUUCGACCGACAUAUGAUAAAUACCGAUAUGAAACGAUGGGGUCAGAUGAAGAAAGGGGCGGAGUCUAUGAUGAUGAAUAUGAUGAUGAGUAUGAUCGAAGAGAAUUCAAUGUGGAAAGAUUGAACCAAGAACUGGAAACGUCAUCAGAAGAGGAAGACAGCGCCGGACCCCAAUCCUUUUCCCUUCCAGGAGGUCCUCCACCCGGACUCUCAAAUCCACGUGGCGGAUCUUCUGGAGGCUAUCGGGGGAGCCGUGGUGGUCAGAAUCGUGGAUCUGGUGGACGUGGAGGUGUGUCACGGGGCGGUGGUAGUUCUGAUGGCUAUACGGGUGGUCGGGAUCGUCAGAUGAAAGAACGACAUAAGGCGGAUCAGAAGCAACGUGGAGCGGAUCGAAAGAAAAGGGGCGGAGCUUAUUUAUAA